AAAAUAAACUUACCUUCGAGAAAUAGUAUUAAACAUGAGCUUGUACACUUUAACAAUUUAAAUUUAGCAGAUCCAAACUUUUAUGAGUCGGGUUGUAUGGAUCUUUUAUUGGGUGUAAAUGAAUACACAAAAAUUCUACAAGAAGGUUUAAUCAAGGGUCCCUCAGGUACAAUAUGUGCUCAAAAUACCAACCUGGGAUGGAUCAUUAUGGGUGGAAUUAAUAUGAAGGUUAACACUAUACAUAAGUCUUUAAUGGUUACAAAUUUAACUAGUGAUUCAAAUAUUAAUGACUUACUUAAAACUAUAUGGGAGAUAGAUAUUGAUACAAAUAGAAAGUUAACUAAAGAGGAACAAUUAUGUGAAGAUAUAUAUGAAAGGACACAUGAGAGAGAUACUAAUGGAAAAUAUAUAGUUACAUUACCUUUCAAAACUGAAAAGCUGCUUUCACCUGAAGGAAACACGAGAGAAGUAGCUGUAAGAAGAUUGUUGCAAUUAGAGAGAAGAUUUAAAAGAGAUCCAGAUCUGAAAAAGGAAUACCUGAAAGUUAUAGAAGAAUACAAAGAAUUAAAACACAUUGAAGAAGUACCUGAAAAAGAAAUAAAUAAAAAAGCUGUUUACUUACCCCACCACGCCGUUGUACGCCAAGAUAAGGAGACCACGAAGACUCGAGUUGUGUUCGACGCUUCCUGUAAAGGUUCUAACAACAUAUCAUUAAAUGAUGAACUCUUACCUGGUCCAGUAUUGCAAGAAGAUCUCAGAAACAUUAUUAUGAGGUGGAGAACUCAUAAAAUCUGUUUCGUAUCAGACAUUCAGAAAAUGUACAGAAUGAUAUGGAUGAAUAGGAAUGAUGUCGACUACCAAAGAAUAGUCUGGCGAAAUGAUCCAACUGAAAAUAUACAAGAUAUGAGAUUACUUACCGUCACUUUUGGCACAGCAUCCGCUCCAUACCUAGCUGUAAGAACACUUAAACAACUUGCUGCUGAUGAAGGUCGUCAUUUUCUUGAAGCUGCUAGAAUAUUAAACGAAGAUUUUUACGUAGACGAUUGCAUGUCUGGUGGUGAUGAUUUAGAACAAUGUAUUCAGCUAAGAAAAGAUUUGACGGAACUAUUGCGAAGAGGAGGUUUUGAUCUUAAAAAGUGGUCGUCUAAUAGUGCAGAAUUUUUACAAUCUUUAGAACCAAAUGAUAGAUCUACAAAGGCGCAUUUAGAUAUUAAAUUAGAUGGUAUUGUCAAAGCAUUAGGUGUUCAAUGGAAUUUGGGAACGGAUCGAUUCGAAUAUAAUUUUAGUUUAGAAUCAAUAGAAACUGAUAACGUUAUAAUAACUAAACGCAAUAUUCUUUCUGAUAUACAAAAAUUAUUUGAUCCAUUAGGAUGGAUUGCACCUUGCAUUGUUUUAGCAAAAAUUUUAAUGCAGAAGUUAUGGCUUGAAAAAGCAAACUGGGAUGAGGAUCUUAAUAUUUUUAUAAAAGAAGAGUGGAAGAAUAUUCGCGAUGAUCUCCAGAAUAUAAAGGAUAUUACUAUAGAUAGAUGGCUUGGAACAGUAAAUACAAAUUUUGAUACAAUUGAAAUUCAUGGGUUUUCAGACGCUUCGACAUUAGCUUAUGCUGCAGUUGUUUAUUGUCGUGUUAGAAAUGAUGAUGGAACUUAUAGUACAAGUCUAAUUGCUGCAAGAACAAGGGUUGCACCACUUAAGACGAUAUCGUGGUUAAGAAACAAUGAACUACAAUUAGAAAGACCAGAAUUUAUACAAACUGAUUUAGAAGAAAAGAAGAUACCUAUUAAUACAGUCCCACUAACAAAUACUAUACAAGAUAAAAUUUCAUUAAAAUUUGAUGAAUUUGAUACAUUAAAAGAAUUAUUGAGAACAAUAGCUUAUUGUAAGAAAUUUUUGAGAUUUAAAAAGAACAAAAGGUGCUUCCCACCUAUUACGGUACCACAACCAAAUUUAGAAACUCUUAAAUUAACACAUUUAUCUCGUUGGCAAUAUUGUCAAAAAAUGUUAAAUGACUUUUGGUGCCGUUGGCAAACUGAAUAUUUGACCAGUUUGCAACAGCGAACAAAAUGGUUGAAGAAGAAUGAUGAAUUUAAAAUAGGUGAUGUUAUUUUGAUUAAACAACCUAAUUUGCCACCUGGCAAAUGGGCAUUAGGGCGUAUCACUGCCAAACACCCGGGGCCAGACGGUUUUACUAGGGUUUAUAGUGUAAAAAGCGGUGAUAGUGUAAUAAAAAGAAGUGUAUCUAAAUUGUGUUAUCUUCCUAUCAAUACAGAUAUCAAUUAAUCAUUUAAAACAAGCGAGUCAAUUCAUUUCGCAUGUAAUUGUUCUUUUGCUAUGGUAUAUGUAUGUGUAUUUGAUUAAUUGUAUAAGUGUAAAAUGUAAACCUAUCUGUACUGAUAUUAUGUGUAAACAGAUAUUUAAUAUAAAACUGUCGUAAAAAUGUAUAAAAUUGUGUGUAAAGUAAAAUAUAAUUAACAAAGCCUGCAAAGAUUGUGUACCUAUUUGAUAAAUUUAUUAAAAAUUAAAGUCAAAAUUAUAGUAUUGUAAACAAAUGUUCAAUGUAAUAUAUGUAACAUUCAAAUUUAAGGUAUAUAUUGACUUUUUACGGUGUUAUUUGUUAAUUCAUACAGCAUGCCGCUUGUUUGUAAGUAAAGGAGACUAAUUUCAUUGUUAUUUGAAAGGACUAGUGUAGUCCUUUGGUGGGCGGUAUGUUCGGUUUUUUCAUUAACUACGUUGACGUCUAAGUCACUAGUGUAUCAAUCAGUAAUAAAACAGAUUCAAUAGA